GAUGUGCCCGAAGAUGAUCACCAAAGUCCUGGACACGCGUUUGCUUUGCUUUUUCAGUCAAUGCACGACUUAAACGAUAAAUUGUUUUCUAUUGAUUACCAGAAAGAGUUUGUCCGCCAAUACAAGUGUCCGCCUAUUAAUCGCUAUUAUUUCUGCCGACAAACCAAUUCUGGACAACAAUUCUAUACAUUCUGUUCUUUGUCUUCAUUUCUUUUACAAAAACUCAAUGCAAACAUCAAAAUCAAUGUCGAAGAGUUUGAUGACCCGAAUGUCACUAUUAAUAAUAUCAUAGAAUCGGCCAAAAAUUUUAUUGAUGUCACUAUUUAUUACAAUAAUGCAAAUAAAUUAAGACUUGGUUUCGGUCACGAAGUCAUCACUUUAUUAAACAAUUUGAUCGAUAAAGUGAUUGAUAGUAACGACAAAAACAAUGAUAAUAUUAUAAUCAAGGGUUGCGAUGAUUUUAAUGAUGAAAAUGUUUUGGAAGAAUUAACUUCAGAUGACAUCAAUGCUAUAGAUUUGGUGGACGAAGACUAUGAUUACAAUCUCGAAGGAGACAAACUUGAGAUUAAAGAAGAAGAAUUGGACGAUAUUAGAGGUGAUAUACAAGACGUUUCUAUAAUGAAGUCGGAUAUGGAUUUGAAUGAAUGGAAAGUUGAAGUCGAAAGAGUUUUACCACAACUUAGGAUUCGCAUCGACCGAAAAAAUAUGGACAACGAGUGGAGAACUCAUUACAACUUACUUUCGACUAAUUAUAAACAAAUGAAGAUAUAUUGCGAUCAAACAUUUGGUUCAAUUGAUACUCUUUUGUAUGAUUUGAGAACAAACGAAGAAAAAGUUAAUUCACGAGAAAAGUAUUUAAAACAACAAUUAGAAGAUGUCAUCGAAGAAUUUGUGUCGGUUCGCAGCAAAGUCUCCAAACUAAGAGAUGAUUACUCUUUGGUGAGCUCUGGUGUCGUCGAGAAGAGCUCACAAUUAGCUGAAGUGACGCAAAUGAUUGAUAGCAUGAAACAAGAGAUGGAAUUAUACGGCAACCAAAUGACUGAUUCUUCGCCACUAAUUGUGGCUAAAAAAGCCAAAGAAGUGCUUAAAGAAGAGCUGAAUGCUAUAGAACUUCAAAUCGGUGUCGCCGUACAGACACUUAUUGACACUUUUAAUGGUAAUACAUUUACAAUGACUUGUGUUAUAAAACAAUUCAAGGAUAAGACUGAUGGGAAUUAA